UUGUUUCUUUCAGAAUUACUACAGUUUCAGACUUGGCCUGGAAGAAUCCCCAACAAGAACUCAAGAAGAAGAGGAAAGCAACCGCGUCCGAUCAACCACGAGGUAACAAUCAAUCAAACCUGUGUACAGCUGCAAUGCUUCUCCUUCUGCCGCGAAUGCGAAUGCGAAUGCGAGUCUCUUCUUGCUCUGUCUCGGUUCCAGCAGAAGAGAAGGGGCGCGGGAUGGCCGACGACGACGUCUCGCGGCGGGCCACCUUCGGCGAGCGCAGCGGCGGGCUGCUGACGGAGGCGCAGGAGCUCGCCGCGCUCUGGGAGGCGGACGUCGGCGUCCUCGUCUUCGACCGCGCCGGCAAGCAGAUGGACUACUGCAGCCCCCACACCAGCUGGAGCGAGCUGAUGCAACGCUACCAGAUCAUCACCAAAGGCAAGUUCGAGGGGAUAAAUCAUGAUGAUGACCGCCAUCAGGAGCUGUUGGCCGAAAUCACAAGGUUGAGGCAUGAGCGUGACCGCCUCGAGGCCAGCGUGAGGAGGCAGACCGGAGACGACCUGCCACCCGCCGCAACCACGGACCUCGGCGAUCUGGAGCAGCAGGUAGAGUAUGCACUGGGUAAAGUCCGUGUGAUGAAGGAUAAACUGUUGGAGCAGCAGCUGGACGAAUCAUACCACAGGGUGCACAUCUUAGAGGACCAGAACAGCUUCCUUCGCCACAUGAUGAGCGAGGAGGGGCGGCGACGUGCUGCCGUGGAGGCGUCGGCGGUGGUGGCGGAGCUCAUGGCGCCGAUGCAGCCGGCGACGCUGUUCGGGGGCUUCUUCCCGGAGGUGGAGGAGGAGGGGCCAUCCACGUCGCUCCGGCUGUGGCCGCGGCAGUUUCCUGGCUGUGGCAAUUAAGAUCGAACGAGAAGGAGAGAUGAUGCACUCAUCUCAUGGAAGACAGAGGCUAAUUAGUUAACUAAUCUAGUUUAAACUUACUAGUAGCAGGCCAGUAGUUACGGCUAAGGAUCCGGCGUAUGUUCAGAGGGCAUACAGUUGACAAGUAAUUGGGCCAUCUUGUCAACACUAUAUACAUAGUCCCGUUUUGCUACACAGAAUUUCCCCUACUGCCCCCAUAUAUAUAUGCAGCAGUAUUUUCAAGAGCUGAGAGGACUAUAGUUACGAAACUAUAGCUUUCAAGAGCAAAUUACAUUCCAUUUCUGCAUUUUCUUUGUUACACUAAACUUGUAACUUUUUUAAGCAUGUGAAUCAAGUGUCACAGAAAAAAAGGAAUGGCUAGCGCUUAGUUUACCGUCAAAAAAUUCUACAAAUUUGCUCAUACACGUCUAAAAAAACACUGUGUUAUAAGAAAUCGUCUAAGGUAAAAAUCACAAUGUUGUUUUUGGAGCUUAGAAAAAAAAACAUUGCAUGUGAUCUCAACAUGAGAUCGAUUAUACUCACUUAUUAGUCGACUGAGAAUUAAUAAACCCAAAUUUUUUUUAAGAGGCAGUC